AUGACUGGCUUUGUUGGGGUUUUCACUGCUUUAUGCCACCGAGCUGAAUGGUCUCUUGCUGGUUGCCUGUUGACAAUCGCCUAUAUGCGUCCUCAACCAAAGCCUUUGGCUCAAAAGCCUAACCGCAAGGCAACGGUGUUUGGCGGGGAAAUACUGAUGCAUUACAUUUUUUACGGAACAAGUCGCCAUACAUGUUCCAACCCCCAAUCUGGAGGGCCAGGAGACUGUACUCUGCGAGUGUCGCGCGGACACCCCCCCAGUAUAGCUAAAUGGGUCUCCGAGGUACACAAACCGCCACACCACGGUAAGGUCCAGCCUCUUCGUGACGCACGAACAGCUUCGAACUGUUUGUUCUGGGACUCAUAUGUGGACUCGGAUCAUGUGCUUGUUCGUUGCUGCUUCUGGUUGCGCUUAUUAGAGGCGCAUGAGAUGCGCACACCGCUGGGUUAUUAA